GUCCGGGGCUGGGAGCGGAACGGUCGCGCGGUGUCCCUGAGAGUGCGGCGGGCCACGGACCGGCCCGGAAGCGACAGGGCCUGGAAGACCACGACUUCCGGUGCCGCAGUUCCGUCCGCUGCUGAUAGGACGCCAUGGCUGCCCUGGGCCGACUGGCCCCUGAUUGGCACCACCUAAUUGCCCUCACCUGGACCUGUUUGGCUAGGCGGACUCCUCAUCUUAGAGAACAGAAAAGGAUGACUGCUUCUUUGCUGUGUAAAAUGACUACUGUGCCCAAUGGAGGGGGCCUUGAGGUGUUGUUCUGUGUUAGACCCAAAAAGUAUGUGCAGGAACUAGAGUACAGUACACAUUUUGUUCAGAACCUCCAGGAGAAGCAGAGGACUCGCAUGGAUUCUGAAUCCUUGGAGCUAGAGAAGGUCAUCAGUUCUCUCCUGGACAUGGGCUUUAGUGAUGCCCACAUUAAGGAAUUGCUCAGUAUACAGCCAGGUGCCCACCCUCAACAGUUGUUGGACAUCAUUUCAGAAUUUAUUCUCUUGGGUUUGAACCCAGACCCUGUGUAUACAGCCUUAAAGAAAAGUCCCCAGUUACUGAAACUGACUCCCGUGCAAAUGAAGAGGCGUUCUAAUUACCUUCGAAAGCUUGGCCUUGGAGAAGGGAAACUUAAGAGAGUGCUUCAUGGUUGCCCUGAGGUUUUUACCAUGCGUCAACGGGACAUUGAUGAUGUUGUCAAGGUCCUCAAGGAGAAGUGCCUGUUCACGAUACAGCAAGUUACGGAGAUUUUACACAGAUGUCCUGGUGUUUUUCAGGAAAACCCUGGUGAACUGGAAUACAAAUUCCAGUAUGCAUAUUUUAGGAUGGGACUUAAGCAUCUGGACAUAGUUAGGACCGAGUUCUUGCAGUACUCAGUAACCAAGAUCAAGCAGAGACACAUUUACCUUGAACGCCUUGGACGGUACCAAACUCCUGAUAAGAAGGGGCAGACACAGAUCCCCAACCCGUUACUCAAGGACAUUCUCAGAGUUUCCGAAGUUGAGUUUUUGGCCAGGACAGCUCAGUCCUCUGCUGAGGAGUUUGAGGUUUUUAAAAAGCUUUUGGCUCGGGAAGAAGACCAAGAGCCUGAGAGCCGUGUAUCUGAGGAGGAAGAGGAGGAAGAGGAAAAGCUUCUGUGAUGGAGGAGUGGGGCCAAAAGGGCCCAGGGAUGUCAGAGACCAUUGUCAUAUUUUCAAAGCUCUGGGGAGCUUCACCCGGAUUUUCUCAAGCAUUUUUCAUUCUAACACUGGUCUUUUGAUGAAAAAGUUAUGAAUCACUGGAAAUGUACCAAAGUUGAUAGGGGUGCUUCGUGUGGUUUAUUGGGGUUGUGGGUAAGGCCCUACUUCUUCCUAAAUAAAAGACUCAGCUGUUAAAAUCCAGGGGA